AUGGCGGUAAGAAAAGGGUCCCCGGGCAGGCGCCAAGCCCAGCCUCGGUGCCAGGGACGCCGGCGAAGCCGACGGUCCAACCUGCGUCCUAAGAGGAAGAUAAACAACUACGCCUGCUUCGCCCGCGAGACGAGGAGCUACGACCCUUCAAUGGAAGGCCGGAAGAACAUCAAGGCUCCGAAAAGACCGAUGUCGGCCUUCCUGCUGUUUUGCCAGGAAUACCGCCCCCAGCUCCGGGCCGACCACCCCAACCUGUCCCUGGUGCAAGAGUCCCGCCGCCUCGGAGCCAUCUGGCGCGGGCUCGGCAAGAAGGAAUACGAGCGGUUCGCCAACUUGGCUGCUCAGCUGCGGAAAAAAUACCGCAAGGACAUGAAGAAAUACAAGAAGGCGGCUAAGAAGAUGUCUCUGCGCCGGGAGAGAGUGGCCGGGAAGCGGCGCCGGGAGGAGGUGGAAGAAGAAGACUCCGACGACUCGGAGGAAAGCAUGGAUGACUAG